UCCGGAAUUAUGACGUUACCGAAAUUGUUUUCAUUUUAGAUAAUUUGACAACAAAAUUUUGCCUAAGCCGGUUAGCUAGGAAGAACAUCAUGGCACUUGCACGAGCUGUAAAAGAUGUGUUUAUUGUAUCUGCCAAGAGAACAGCCUUUGGAACAUAUGGCGGGAAGUUAACAGGCAAGACAGCCACUGAUCUGAUGGAAGUAGCUGCAAAAAGUGCAUUAGCAGAAGGGAAUGUUAAUCCUGCAGCUGUUGGCAGUGUUGUUAUAGGAAAUGUGUUACAUUCUGCAGCCGAUACAAUAUACAUUGCCCGCCAUGUUGGAUUGAGGUGUGGUGUGCCUGUUGGUGUACCUGCCUUAACAGUCAACAGAUUAUGUGGAUCGGGUUUCCAAGCAAUAGUCAAUGGAGCUCAGGAAAUAAUGUUAGGAGAUUGUAACAUUGUAUUAGUUGGUGGAUCAGAUAACAUGAGCCAGGCUCCAUUCGCUGUCAGGAAUAUCAGAUUUGGUACAAAGCUUGGACAGGACCUUAAGUUAGAAGACUUAAUGUGGGCAGCUUUAACAGAUUCACACACAGGCCUUCCUAUGGCUAUCACAGCAGAAAACUUGGCAGAACAAUACAAUAUAUCUAGGGAGGACUGUGAUAAAUAUGCCCUCCAAACACAGCAAAGGUGGAAACAAGCACAAGACAGUGGUGUUUUUAAAGCAGAAAUUACACCAAUGACCCUUAAGGGCAGAAAAGGACCAGAGGUAUUUGAGGUUGAUGAACACCCCAGACCUCAGACUACAAUGGAAACACUUGGAAAACUCCCUACUGUAUUCAAGAAAAAUGGUACUGUCACUGCAGGAAAUGCUUCAGGAGUGUGUGAUGGAGCAGCUGCAUUAGUAUUAGCCAAUGAACAAGCAAUCAAAGACCACAAUCUUAAACCUCUAGCAAGACUAGCAGCUUAUGGCAUUGCAGGUUGUGAUCCCAAGAUAAUGGGUAUAGGACCAGCACCUGCAUCAAGAGCAGCUCUAAAAGCUAUUGGUAAAGAAGUUAAAGAUAUGGAUAUAGUUGAUGUGAAUGAAGCUUUUGCACCACAAUUUCUAGCUGUUGCUAAAGAAUUAGGUCUAAAUAAUGACAUAACCAACAUGGCAGGAGGAGCCAUAGCCUUAGGUCAUCCACUGGCUGCAUCAGGUGCUAGAAUUACUGGUCAUUUAGUCCAUGAAUUACAUCGACAGAACAAGAACAUGGCUCUGGGUUCAGCAUGUAUAGGUGGAGGACAGGGAAUGACAGUUAUUGUAGAGAAAUGUUAACCAAUCAAAAACUCUCAUAAAUUCAUGUGAUCAAAUAUCCAUUUAUAGUAACUGAUGUAAUAUUUAUUCAAAUUGUGUGAUGGACCAAUUUUAUCUUUUUCAAGGGAGGUGCAGCUGUUUUAUUCAUAUGUGAUGUGAUACAUUUUCAGUAUCAAGGACUCAAUCCAUUAAUGGCUGCUUGUUUUUUUGUGCCAAACAUAUCUGUAUGAAACCUUUCAAAUGGAGAAUUAAUGCAUACAUGGUGGAAACAUGUCCACUUGAAUAAAAUAGCAUUUUAUGUGAUUAAUUAUUAUUAAUUUAAUUCAAAACUGUAGGCAGUUUUGGUGCAGAGAAGAAUAUACUAUGCAUUUGUGAAUAUGCAAAUAAAUAGUUAUAACCAGUU